UUUAUCAGAAAUGGGUGUUAAAAAUUUGUGGAAUUUGUUAGCUCCCGGAGGAAAGAAGAUCUGAAUGGAGUCCCUUGAGGGUAAAAUACUUGCAAUCGAUGCUAGUAUAUGGAUCAUUACUUUUGUAAAUGCAGUGCAGAAUGGGCAUAUCGGGAAUAGUAGUAACUAUGCCUAUCUACAUUGAUUUGUGAAGAGAAUUUGCAAGCUUCUAAAUUUUGGAAUCAAGCCUGUUUUUGUUUUCGACGGUAAGACCCCGGCUCUUAAAAGAAGAACUUUGAUAAAGAGAAGGCAGAUGAUGCUCCACAAGACUGACAUUAACUACAAGAAGGCAGCAGAGAGACUUCUCAAGAAACAUCUGGAUGAACAUCUCAAGGAAGUUAGGCAGAGAGAAAAGUCCGGAAGUGGAGCUUUUGAGCAAAAGAAAGCGCCAAUCACUGAAAAGCAAAAAGAUAUUCAAGAGACCAUCAAAAUGGUUGCUAUCAAAGAAAUCGAGAGAAGAAGGGAAGCUGAGAAGAAAGAAGACCAGGAGUUCAACGAAAGCAUUGUCAGCACCCUCUUGAUAGAGUAUGGGAUGCUCUUGCAAGAUAGCGGGAUUGAUUUAAAAGAUUUCUCUAAGCUUGAUUGUGAGAAACAAUAUCAACUUAUUGAUGACCUGAAAAACUUGAAGCAGCAAACCGAGUUUAACAAGCUCGCAGCUGCCAGUGGAGAUUUAAAGGAGUUCUCUGAAACAGCUCUUAAGUCAUACAUUCAAAGUGUCCAGGAGAAGAAGCAAUUGAAAAAUUACAGGAUCAAGGCGAGUAAGGAGUACAUCCGGAAAAAUAAUUUGGAGGAUAAAGCUCAGAAUGUGAUGUAUGCUAGUUCAAAUAAUCCCUCUUUUAAGCCAACCCUUCCAGAUAUCUUCAAUAGGCCUAAGAAGAAGAGAGGCAAGAGGAAGGUAGAACAGAUGAUUGAUAAUCUCGAGAAGGAAGGGAUUGAAGACAAGCGAAAUGUAUCAUUCGGAGAAGGAAUCACUGAUGUAGAGAUCUACGCCUUAAAUCCUCUUAAGAUUCUUGAAAAGCUAACAUUGGUGAAUGAAAUGCGGAAUGAAAAGAAAGAAGAAAUUCAAGAAAAGCCAGAGUCUUUGGAAAAUGACCAAGACGCUUUCUGGGGAGAUACACCUCAGCCUGACGACGAAGAGGAUAUAUUUGGAGAGAAACAGCCAGGAUCUCGCUCAGAAUCCCCUGUUAAUGAUAGCUUUGAUGAUGAAGAUUUUCAAGGGAACGUCAGUAGAAAGGCAGAGAAAGAUCUCAUGAAGGAACUGGGACAAGAUCUUUCUGAAUUUAGUUCAAAGAAGAAAUCAAUGGGAUUUUCUGCUUCUAAGAGAAAACCUCAGCCUCAGAAAGAGCCUGAAUCCUUGAUGAUAACAAGGAAGAAGGAAGAGUCUUCAACUACUCUUUCUACUACCCAAGUUGUCCUGACGAAUAAGGACGAGAAUGAGAUGGUCAAAGUUCCUAAAUUUGAGAAUAAUUACUAUAAGAACAAAGACAGAAUGCUGAGAAUUUUUGAUAAGGGAUCUCACAAAUCGAAUAGAAAAUCUGAUAAGGUUGAAAAAAACACAAAGUUGGUUAAAGAGAAUGCUCCUAAGAGAUACUCUGGCAAAGACAAACUUUCUUACAUGACACAGGCAGCUGGUGGAAAAUCCCCGAGCCCUGGUUAUGAAGAGAAGCUACCUAAGGAAGAGUCUAAGGAGGAUGAUUAUUCAGAGGUUUUAGAGGAAGAGCUUGACUUGAAAGAUUUGUUUGACGACAUUGACGAAGAAGAGCUCAAAAAGUAUGAUGUAGAGCAAGUGAAAGAGUGACUUGAACUCCAGAAAAUAAAUAAGACAAAAAAUUCGGAAGGGAACGAGAAAAACUUUGGUCUCUUUAGUGAAGAAAUGUACUCUGAUAUUAAGGAUCUUCUUGUUCUGUUUGGAGUACCUUAUUUUGACGCUCCUUUUGAAGCAGAAUCGCAGUGUGCUUAUUUAGAAAUGAUGGGUAAGGUAGAUGGGGUAGUCACACAAGACUCUGAUGCCUUCUUAUUCGGUUCAAGACAUGUUUAUAAAGAUAUUUUUGAUGAAAGAUCUUUUGUCCAGCAUUAUAACAUGUCAUUUAUUGAACAAGAGCUUGGAUUCAACCGUAACGCACUCAUCUCAAUGGCCUUGCUGCUAGGAAGCGAUUACACAGUGGGAGUCAGGGGCAUUGGCCCAGUCAACGCCACUGAAGUAAUUCACACCUUCCAUGAUCUCAACGGCCUUAAGAGGUUCAAGCAAUGGACUGACAAAGGAACUUUCCAAGGCCAAAAAGAAAUGGAAGCUGAAGUCCGCAGCUACCAUAAAAAUAGAUCUGAUGAUGUGUCCAAAGCACAAAUGAUCGAAGAAAUGGAAAACGAAAUUGAGUACAAGAAGAAACACAAGGAAAUGGUAAAGCAUUGGGAGUUUCCCAGUGGAUUCCCUAGCAAAGAUAUCGUCGAUGGCUACUUAAAGCCAAGCGUUGACCAACUUGAUGUGGAGAAAUUCACUUGGCAAACUCCAAAAUUUGAUGAGAUUAAAAGAAUCGCACUUAAUAAACUAAAAUGGCACCCUCAUGAGGUCCAGGAGUGCAUCUGUAAAGUCCAAGAGAAGAGAAAGAAGGGAUGGGUCUUUAGUAACCAGGCCCAGAUCAGUGAUUACUAUAACAAGCAACAUACAUUUGCUUGGUAUAAGAGUAAGAGGAUUGGCAAUGCAAUCCAAAAGAUCAAGAAUAAGGGCAAAAAGAAGAAUAAGUUUAGUUAA